CGCAGCAGCGUUCGCGCAGCCGCACAAGCCCUGUCUUGAUCAGCUGACUGUGAGUGAGAUGCUCUGCUGAAGGACCAUUGAAUCUAAAAGCUGUUAUUAUCUGCGCUAUGUAUGCGAAGCUGCGACUGUUUGACUGAAUCACAUCGUGCGGACCAAAUCCUGAAGGCGUUAAACACAGCGUGAUUUCCUUAUAUCAAAGGCCCAGCGGACAAAACACUUCCCAGCAGCCAUGACAGAAUUCUGGUUGAUCUCCGCUCCGGGGGAGAAGACGUGCCAGCAGACAUGGGACAAGCUGAUGGUGGCCACCACACGCACCAACAACCUGUCUGUUAACAACAAAUUCAACAUCCCCGAUCUCAAGGUUGGAACACUUGACGUCUUAGUGGGUCUGUCGGAUGAGCUUGCUAAACUAGACACUUUUGUGGAAAGUGUGGUGAAGAAGGUCGCACAGUACAUGGCCGACGUUCUGGAGGACAGCCGAGACAAAGUCCAGGAGAAUCUGCUUGCUAAUGGAGUUGACCUGGUCACCUAUAUCACCAGAUUUCAGUGGGACAUGGCCAAAUAUCCAAUCAAACAGUCGCUGAAAAACAUCUCUGAGAUCAUCUCCAAGCAAGCGACUCAGAUAGAUAACGACCUGAAAGCCAGAGCCUCCGCCUACAACAACCUGAAGGGAAACCUGCAGAACCUGGAGAGGAAGAAUGCAGGGAGCUUGUUGACCAGGAGUUUGGCUGACAUUGUGAAGAAAGAGGACUUUGUACUGGACUCAGAGUACCUGAUUACCAUGCUGGUGGUUGUCCCAAAGACAAACUAUCCAGACUGGCAGAAGACGUAUGAAACUCUGGCAGAAAUGGUGGUGCCACGCUCCACUAAGCUUCUGUUUGAAGACAACGACAGCGGCCUGUUCAGCGUCACUCUCUUCAGGAAGGCCAUAGACGACUUCAGACACAAAGCCAGAGAAAACAAGUUUACAGUGCGUGAUUUCCAGUACAAUGAGGAGGAGAUGAAGGCAGACAAAGAGGAGAUGACACGUCUGUCCACCGACAAGAAGAAACAGUUUGGCCCGUUGGUACGAUGGCUCAAAGUGAAUUUCAGCGAAGCCUUCAUCGCUUGGAUUCACAUAAAAGCUCUGCGUGUGUUUGUGGAGUCAGUACUGAGAUACGGGCUACCAGUGAACUUCCAGGCCAUGCUGCUCCAGCCCAACAAGAAGAACAUGAAGAAGCUGAGGGAGGUGCUGUAUGAACUGUACAAACACCUGGACAGCAGUGCUGCGAUCAUUGAUGCCUCAAUGGACAUCCCAGGACUGAACCUGAGCCAGCAGGAGUAUUACCCCUAUGUUUACUACAAGAUCGACUGCAACCUGCUGGACUUCAAAGUCUAGAUACAUUGCCAUCAUCAUCAUCAUCAUAUCGUCUCACUUUUUUGUGUGCAGUAGUGUUCUGAUGUGACAUUUCACAUCCCCGAGCUUCAAUUUAUUUCCACUCCUUGUUUUUUUUGUUGUUUUUUCAUAUUCUGUGUUCUCAGCUCAUGUUUCUGGUACAUUCCCGGGUCCAUAUUAAAUAUUUUGUUGAACUUUUAUUCUGAUAUUUUUGACAAAUGAGGGCCUUCUUCUUUUCUUGUCACUUCCUCUUUGUACCACCAAAAUGGUUCACAUUCCCUCCCAGCAUCAAAGGAUGUGUAAAAAUGCUGAAUUUAUAUUGUUUUUGUUUUUCCUGUCAUCCUGCUUUAUUUAAAGCGGUACACAUAUGGGGGGAAAAUGGGGAGAAAAAUAAAUGUAUGUUAAAUAUAGUAUUUAUUUAAAGCCUCUAAAAUCAGUGAAUACGUUUCUGUUUGUUCAGUUUUUGAAUGUGAUGUGUUUUUAGCUCCAUGUAAGAAAAUGUCUGUUUACAAGUAGAUGUUGAUCAUCGUUUUCCCCACUCAAGCUGUAAUCCUGUGAAAUACUCAGACAAGGUCAUUUUACAUUAUAAAGAAGCAAUAUGUUUGCCGAUUGUAUGCUCCUAUAAUUUAUGUAUAUUAAGCAGUUUGAGUAAAAUAAUGAUCGUUCUAUGUGCGAAUACUGUAUUGUCAGUAUAACCGAAAAUUGAACCACAUAUUUAAAAUAAAUGUGAAAAAUAAAUACUCUAUGUGAAGUAUACUUGACUUUGGCUCACUGUUAACUGCAGAAUAAAGUUUAUAAACCUU